GUGCUGUAGGAAUCAGAUGUGACCUAAAUGUCACUUGUCCAGCAUUUCAUUUGACUUGCAUUGGAGUUUGAAUUGGAUGAUUGGAUGUGACUUAACUGAACACAGCAAUAUUAUAUUUCUGUGAAAACAAUGUCAGGGUAAUCUGAACUUUGAAAGAAGCAAGGGCCAGAACAACUUUGAAGGGAAAGGGGUAAAAGAGCGUUAGGGGGACCUGAAAGAGGACUUGCCCAGUCAGGAUGUCCCUUUUGAGAGAUGUCAGCCCAAGGCUGUGGAGUAUCAGGAGCUCUGAGCAAGUGGCUCUGGCAAAAAGAGCUGCACAGAUCACAACAGAGCUUCAACAGGGAGUGAAAAAGCCUUACAAGAAUGUAAUUGAUGUUUCUUGGGGUGACCCACACAGAGGAGGACUAAAGCCCUUGACUUUUGUCCGUCAGGUUGUUGCUACCUGUUUGUACCCCUCUUUGCUAAACAGUGAGGCACUGCCAGUUGAUGUGCAACAGAGAGCCAAGAGCUUGUUAGGGCAGUGUGACGGCGGAAGUGUGGGGUCAUACACCACUACUCGUGGAAUCCCUAAAAUUGUACAGAGUGUGUCUGAAUUCAUUUCCCAGAGAGAUGGGGGUGUGCAGUCCUCACCGGAGAACAUUUUUAUCACCUCUGGUUCUCAACGAUCCCUUAUGAUGGUGCUGAAGCUGUUUGUCCAGAGUGAAGGCUUUACACAGACAGGUGUGCUAACACCUGUGCCCUCAUACCCCUACUUUAACAUGGCACUGUCAGCACUAGGAGGUACCAUGGUGCCGUACCACCUGUGCGAGGAACAGGGCUGGAAAUUAAAAGUGGAGGAGUUGCGCAGAGCCCUCCAUGUUGCCAGGGGGCACUGCAAUCCCAUGGCACUUUAUGUUAUUAACCCUGGCAACCCAACAGGUCAUGUCCAGAGCAGGAAGUCUAUCGAGGAUGUGAUUCGAUUUGCUGCUGAGGAAAAGCUUUUUCUGCUGGCUGAUGAGGUAUACCAGGAUAGUGUGCAUGAUCCAAGUUGUGAGUUUGUGUCUUAUAAGAAAGUGCUUUUUGAAAUGGGCCCACCAUAUUCCAACUCUGUUGAGCUGGCCUCCCUCAACUCCAUCUCUAAAGGAUACUUUGGCGAGUCUGGUUUUCGUGGUGGCUAUGUGGAGUUUGUGAAUCUGGACCCUACAGUCGUGGGGUACGUGUACACCUGGUUUUCCUUGGACACCUGUUCAGCAGUCCUAGGGCAGAUCACUCUGGAUAUUAUGGCUCAUCCACCAGAGGCUGGAGAUCCUUCCUACCCAACAUUCUCUGAGGAAAUCAGAAGCAUAAAGGAUACACUGGCCAGUAAUGUGCACAGGGUCCAAGAUGUGCUUGGUGACCUUCCUGGGAUCAGUUGCCAGCCAAUCAAAGGGGGCAUGUUUGCUUUCCCUCAGCUCCAUCUCCCGCCAUGUGUAGUACAGCAGGCUAAGGAGGCUGGUAUGAAGCCUGAUGUGCUCUACUCUAGUCUUCUUCUGGAGGAGACAGGGUUGAGUGUGGGAGCAGGCUGUGAGCAUGGGCAGAGAGAGGGGACCCACCACAUCAGAUUGUGCAUUGCAACCCCAGAGGAUAACAUGGAGGAUGUGCUGAACAGACUGUCUACUUUCCACCUCAGGUUCAUGAGCCGGCUCUCCUGACCAGUCUGAGGACAGUGCUCCUGCAAUACUACAUUCUUAGACUAGUAUUUGCAAAGGGGAGCAUUGAGAUGGCCUAUUCAUUGAUCUUAUGGGUUGCUUCUUCUAGAGUGCCAAAUCUGUUUAAUCUGAAAGGUUAAAAAAUUUCAAUCCAGUCUACCUUCCAACACCCAAGAACCUUUAACUCAUUAAAAGAAUAAAGAACACCUUUUAGGA